GCACGCGGGAAUAGCGGGAGAGUUCCGCUGUGAGCGGGCGGGGUGGGUUACAGGACAUGGUCGAAGUGACCUGGGCAGCGUCCAAGGAGGCAGCGGGCCUGGCUCGCGUACCUCCUCUUGCAGGAUCAGGUAGGGCACUGCCUCCUGAGGACAUCUGCCCUCUGCACACCACCUUCCAGUCUGAGGAGGAAAUGGAGGCGGGUUCUCAACCAGUUCCCUCCCAGCCACCUGUCAGCUUCAAGGAUGUGGUUGUGAGCUUCACGCGUGAGGAGUGGGGACAGCUAGACACAGUUCAGAGGACACUGUACCGCGACGUGACUCUAGAGACAUGUGGCCACCUAGUCUCCCUGGGGCUUCUGCUCCCCAAUCUGGAUGUGAUCUCCCACCUGGAGAAUGGUGAAGACCCAUGGAGGGCAGAGCAGGAACCCCCUACCCAAGACUGGAAGACUACACUUGAAAAGAAAGAGUUACCUUCUGAAGAGGAUACUGCUGUGGAAGAGCUAUCCUUCCAUGUAAAUAUGAAAUGCUGUGUAGAGAGCCCCUGGUCUGUGCAGGGCUGGAGUGACCAGCCCAGGGAGCAGCAGGAGGAAUCUUUGAGUCAAAUUGUACUUACGUUGGAGGAGUUUGUGCAAGAGGAAUAUUGUGAACAUGACCUUGAGGGAAGUUGUCGAAGUGAAAGCCUUCUACCUCCAGCAUUACCUGCAAAAACACCUGUCCACAAGCUUGACUCACAGUUUCGACGGUUGCAACAGAGUUCAGUUUUUGUCAAUCAUUGGAAAGGCUGGACCAAUCAGAAGCCCUGUGAAAAUCUUGAAAGUGCCAGAGCCUUUUCUCAAAACAAUCAUUUGCAUAAACUUGCAAAUGUUGAAAAGGAAGAAAAAAAACCUCAUGAAUAUACUGUCAGAAGUGACUCUUUGAACUAUGGUACCUCUCUUCAUUUCCAUAACAGAAUAUUUUCAUCAGAGAACAGUAAUGAUUGUAAGGUCUAUGGAAAUGUUAUUAACCAUAGCAUGUCUCUGAAUGAAAACCAACCAGUACAGUUUGGAGAAAGUCAAUAUGAGUGUGACGAAUGCUUUGUGCAACCUGAAGUAAUGGUUGGAUAUCCUGGAUGUGAGGAGGAAUGCAGUGCCUUCCACAUGGCCUCAUCUUUUAGUGACUGUGACAUCAAUCAGAUGAGAAAGAAGCCACAUGCAUGUAAUCAAUGUGGAAAAUCUGCCAGCUGUUACUCUAAGCUUGUACACCAGAGAGCACACACUGGAAAGAAGCCAUGUAAAUGCAAUCAUUGUGGUAAAGCCAUCUCUGGGAGUUUUCACCUUUCACAUCAGAGAAUUAACUUGGGCGAGAAUCCCUAUGAGUGUAGUAACUGGGGGAAGUCUUUUAGGCAGCAAUCACAGCUUGCUGUGCAUGAGAAAAUCCACACUGGAGAUAAACCUUAUGAAUGUAGUCAUUGUGGAAAAGCUUUCAGGUGGAGAUAUCUCCUCACUGUGCAUCAGAGAACACACACUGGAGAGAAGCCCUAUCAGUGUAAUGUGUGUGUUAAAGCCUUCAGUGGUCGGUCUGCUCUUAGGAAACAUGAAAGAAUACACACGGGUGGAAAACACUUUGAAUGUAAUGACUGUGAAAAGUUCUUUAACCGGCAGAGUCACCUUACUAGGCAUCAGAGAAGUCAUACUGCAGGGAAACCUUAUUUGUGUGCUCAUUGUGGAAACUCUUUCAGCCGUAGCUCUGACUUUGUUGCACAUAGACGGAUUCACACUGGAGAGGAACCCUAUGAAUGUAACCACUGUGGGAAGUCUUUUUGGCAGCAAUCACAGCUUCUUGUACAUCAGCAGACUCAUACUGGAGAGAAGAAAUUUUAUGAAUGUAGUCAUUGUGGAAAAGGUUUCAAGUGGAGAUCUCACCUCAUUCUACAUCAGAGAACCCACACUGGAGAAAAGCCCUAUGAAUGCAUUGAAUGUGGGAAAGCCUUCAGUGAUGGGUCAUCUCUUAGAAAACAUGAGAGAACACACACUGGUGAGAAACCCUAUCACUGCAACCACUGUGGGAAAUCUUUUCGGCAGCAAUCACAGCUUGUUGUACACCAGCGAACCCAUACUGGAGAGAAACCUUAUGAAUGUAAUCAUUGUGGAAAAGCUUUCAGCCAGAGAUCUAUCCUCACUGUUCAUCAGAGAACACACACUGGAGAGAAGCCCUAUAAGUGUAAAAUUUGUGUUAAAGCCUUCAGCCAGAGAUACCUCCUCAUUGUGCAUCAAAGAACACACACUGGAGAGAAGCCUUAUCAGUGUAACAUGUGCAUUAAAGCCUUUAGUGGUCGGUUAGCUCUUAGAAAGCAUGAGAGAACGCACACAGGUGAGAAACCCGUUAAUGAAUGUAAUCAUUGUGAAAAGGCCUUUACUGGGCAGAGUCAGUGUACUGGGCAUCAGAAAGUUCACACUGGAGAGAAAGCAUAUUUUUGUGCUCAUUGUGGAAAGUCCUUCAGCAAUAACUCCUAUUUUUGUCACACGUAAAACUUUUCACACUGGAAAGAAACCCUAUGAAUGUUACUACUGUGGGGAAACUACACACAGCUUGUGUAUAAACCUUAUGAACACAGUCAUUGUUGAAAGGUUUUAAAUGAAGAGCUCUCAGUAUGCAUCACAGAACAUACACUGGUGAGAAACCCUACAAAUGUAAUCAUUGUGAAAAGGCCUUUCCUGGUGUUAGACUUGCCUUACUGGCCAUCAGAGAAUUUAUAGUAGAGAGAAAUCCUAUAAAUGUAACAAGUGUUGGAAGGCUUUCAGUUAAAGUAAAUCCCUAAUUCAAUAUGAGAAAACUCAUGGGAGAGAAACCGUAUGAAUAAUUAAGAUGGAAAAGCUCACUGUUAGAAUUUGUCUAGACAUCAGAUGACCACGUACAUCAGAAUUGCUUGGAGUGUAUAUUGAAACUGCAGAUUACCAAGCUUACCCUAAUUUACUAAAUCGAAACUCUACCAGUAAAACCCAGGAGUUCAACAUUUCCUAAAGCAGCAUGUUAUUUGUACGUGCACUAAAAUGUGUUUACUUCUGUGUUUAUGUGAGAAGGUAAACUUUCAGUCAAAGCUCAUAGCAGAGAAUAGAAAACUGAGAAUAGAACUGUGUUUAUUAUCAUUUUAUUGCAAACAGGCACAUUAAUGUCAUCAGAUUUUAUCAGUAUGACAUUCCUAAAAAAUGGGGGACUGGAAGAUAACUGUAACCAAAAGAGGCUGAAGUGUACAUCCACAAUGCUAAAAAUGUGAGAGGUCAUUACUGUAGAUUUGAGCAUGGGGCAGCAUCACCUGGGGGCUCAUAUUGGGAAAGGCUAAGGCCAGGACUGAAGAGAGGGCAGCAGCACUGGAGGUCACAGCCCCUUGGCAGAGUUGCAGGCUCAUAGCUGUGUGGCAGGAGAGCAGGAUUAAUUGAAGGUCUGCUCAUGAAAUUCCAGGUUUCCUCCCUCUUUUGUAGUAUUCUUGUCUUACACAAAGUAUCUGACUGUGUGUGAGCAAAAUAAAAUAGAGAAUGAAUUAGUUAUGAAGAAAUAGUUGGUCUGGGGACUAGGAAAUGGGUGUAUUAUGCUCCAGAACAAGGGCUGUCCUUAAUAUUUCAAGGACCUUCCUACUAAAACCUGGUUCCUGCCCUAUUCCUGUGAAAGAGCCCCACCAUCUAUGGAGACUCCCUUCUGAUUUCUGAUAGUAUCUUCAAUGUGGAUGGAAGGCAGGGAGCGAGAGGCUUGAAAGCCUUCAACAUCAAAGAAAAUAUCUGAGGU